CAGUAAGGGCAUUCAGAAACUGAACCUUUCUCCUGUCAGAAUGAGGGUUCUGGUCUUUUUGCUCCUUGUGGCCGCCGCAAGUGCCAAGGUGUUUGAACGAUGCGAGUUGGCGAGGAGACUCAAGCAAGCAGGGAUGGACGGCUACAGAGGGGUCUCCCUGGGUGACUGGGUCUGCCUGGCCAAGUGGGAAUCAGGCUACAACACCCAGGCUACCAACCGCAACACCGACGGAUCCACUGACUACGGCAUUUUCCAGAUCAACAGCCGCUGGUGGUGUAACGAUGGAAGGAUUCGCACUCAGAACGCCUGUCACAUCUCCUGCUCCCAGCUCCUGUCCUCUGACAUCAGCGUGGCCAUUGAAUGCGCCAAGCGUGUGGUCAGAGACCCCAAUGGGAUCAGAGCAUGGGUGGCCUGGCGUAAUCGCUGCCAGGGCCAUGAUGUUAGGCAGUAUAUAGCAGGCUGUGGUGUGUGAGCAAGACAGAUGCCCGACCUGCGGGAGAACACCCCCCCCCCCCCCCCCCAUCAGUUUCCUCCCCAUU